AUGUGGAGAUGCAGCGCCUCGGCUCGUGUGACUUUAGGAAGAUCCGGCAGUGACACCAGAGGACAUAUAGACCGGGGCAAGUACCAGGCCUGGAGCCCACUUCCCCCCGCCCCUGCCUUUGUCCACCAUACCGACCAAACCAUCAUGCCAGAAGAGUCAAAGAAGAAAGAACAGCCCUCUCAUGGCUGGAACGGCCCAGUGCCAUCCAGCAAAGGUGGGACAGAUGAAAAGGAAUACAUGUUCAAGCCGCCAUACUACUGGUAUAGUGACGAGUUCGAGGUGAAGUGGACUUCCAACUGCUGGUGCGGAAAGGUCAGGUUCCAGUGGGCCGGCGAGCCAGUGGACGGCAAGCACUGCCACUGCAAGGGCUGCCAGAGACUUCACGGUGCUCCCUUCCAGUACUGUGUUCUGUUCCCCAAAUUGGCUUGUCGAAUGGACAAGGAGUGCGACCCCACCUACCUCUCCUUUUUCUCCACCCAGCGAAAGGAGAACCAGGACACGCACGAUGUGCCAUGCAAGGUCUCGUGCAGGCAGUGUCGCAGUCCCCUGCUCGACGAGGGACGCAACAUGCUCAUGGCGUACCCCUCCUCAUUCAACUUCCCAGACGGAAACGUCCCGCCGAGCUUCUCGCCAUCAUGCCACAUUUUCUACAAGGAAGCCAUCAUCGAGAUUGACGAUGGUGUACCCAAGUGGUCUGGCCACAAGGACACCUCGGAACUGAUGCCCCAUGCCUCGGGACACCACGGCAAGGUGGGGCACGGCAAGUCGGGCAAACAAGCGCGUGGCGAGUCGCACGAUCCAGACAUGGGCAACGGCAAGCCCGAAGACGGUGAGGGUCAGCAGCACAAUGACGACGAGAGGGAGAAGAAGAAGGACAAUGGCCCCCUUGAAAAGGAUGGUGACGAUGAGGGUGGAGAGAAGCAGGAAGGGGAUGGUGAGAGUGGAGGUGCUGGAGGACGGAAGAAGAGGAAGACUAAGUGA